GGCGCCGCGCGCCGGAGGACGGGGCGGGGGGCGAGCAGCAGGACCCGGAUGCCGGCGGGCGAUGGAGUUCCCUUUCGAUGUGGACGCGCUGCUUGGGGAGCGGGUCACGGCGGUGGACCAGCACCUCCAGCCGCCGGGCCGCCGGGGGCCCGGCUACACCGCGGCCCACAGGGUGGAUCUGCAGCAGCAGCUCAUGACCAUCAUAGACGAGAUGGGCAAGGCCUCGGCCAAGGCCCAGAACCUGCCGGCCCCAAUUACCAGUGCCUCGCGGAUGCAGACAAACCACCACGUUCUCUACAUCCUGAAGGACAAUGAAGUGAAGACAGCAGGGAAAGGGGCCAUAAUCGGCUUCCUCAAGGUCGGCUACAAGAAGCUCUUCCUGCUGGAUCGCCAUGGGGCUCACAACGAGGUGGAGCCGCUGUGCGUGCUGGACUUCUAUAUCCAUGAGUCGCUGCAGAGGCACGGCUAUGGCAAGGAGCUCUUCCAGUGCAUGCUGCAGCGUGAGCGAGUGCAGCCCCACCAGCUGGCCGUGGAUCGCCCCUCAGAGAAACUCCUCUGCUUCCUCCACAAGCACUACAAUCUCCAGGGGACCAUCCCCCAGGUGAACAACUUUGUGAUCUUCGAGGGCUUCUUUGCUGACCAGCACGCUCCGGUGAGGAAGUUGCCUCCAAAACGUGCUGAGGAGGAGAUAAAACCCUACUCUCUGACAGACCGAGAGUUCCUGAAGGAGGAGGUGGAGCCACCCUGGCCCUUCAACCAGUCGCACUCGCUGACCCGCUCCAGCAGCCUGGGGAACUCGCCGGUUCGCACCUGCCUCAAGCCCUUCCUCAACGAGCAGGAGCUGCUGCGGAACCUGCGCCUCUGCCCCCCGCAUGCGGCCGCCCACCACCUGCUCAACGGCGAGCCGGGCGGGCCGGCCGCCCAGAGGCGAAGAACCAGGGGGAGCGCUGUGGGGCAGGACGGCCUUGUGGCUCAGCGGAGUUCCUACAGCCGCUACGGGAACCCUACCCCAUUGCCUGACGGGGUGGCCGGCGGUGCUGAGAGGAGAGCGGAGAGCAGCCGAGAGCCACUAAGGAGACUCCAGGACUCAGAAGGCCGGUUGGACAGCACAAUGAUCACCAGCCAGGACACAUCACAUCCAGCUCCCCUACCCCAGCCAAGUGGGACGGUCCGUUACUCUGAGGGCACCUCCCUUCCCACUGAGCCGGCCCUGACAGACAGGACUAAGGACCCAGGCGUCCGGGCGGCCCCGGAGUCAAAGCCCUCUGGCCUAGGAGAUCCUGUGGACUGCCUCCCUCCACGGCCCAGCAGCAGGUGGUACGACCCAGCCGGGGUGCCAUGGGGGAAGCAGCCAUCUUGGACGGUAGCGGGAGUGUCACGGGAUGCCCAAUGGAUCCGCUACAAGCAGGAGUAUCGCAACACCAGGCCCUGGUGAGCAGGGGGGCAGCUAGCACUAAGCCAGCAUGGCUGCAGAACCCCACGCCUACGGGCCCAUCUAGCCCGGUAUCCUGGCUCCUCCCUGCUGGGACCAAUGGGCCCAUGUCGCUUGAUAUCCCAGUAUAAGCUUGAUCUUCUACUGGCUGGCAUGAUUCCCCUGAAAUUCUACCUGGUCCAUCCCAGCCCUUGGUGGCUUUGGUCUGGAAAGUUUAUGAAGGGGUGUCACAUGAGGUUUUGGAGAGAGAAAAGGAGGCCCCAUGCCCAGGCACCAGCCUCCUUCCCCUCUCCCCCGUGAUGUUUUCACAGGGGUGGUUGGCAAGGAAAGAGGAGCCAGGGAGGGGGUCACUGGAUGGAGGGCUCAGAGCUGGAGACAUCAGGGAGCUGGGCAGUGGGAAAUGUUCUCUCUAAACUCAUGUUUGGAUGGGAAAUUGGGUUUUCGACGAGAUGGAAUUGUUCCGUGAAAAGUGACUGCACCUUGUGGGGAAUUUCCAUUCCCUCCCCCCAACACCUCAAAAAAACCUGAAAAUAUUUCAAUUCUGCGAGGCUGCCGCAGUGCCUCAUGGGUGUUGUAGUUCAGUUUACUUCUGUCCCCAUUGUUGACUAUGGACCAGGCUCCCUGGCUGGACUAUGCCUCCGAUGAUGCAUCUGCCUCUCUUCCCCAAGAGACUGUGGUGAAUCAUGGGAGAUGUAGUCCUAUUAGGAAGCCCAACCUAGGGAAGAACCUGGGGGCAUGAGACACCUGAACUACGAUUCCCAUUAUGCAGCAUGACCAGGGGCUCCCAUGAUGCAACCGCCUUCCCUCUCGAAGAGCUCACGGUUAAGGCUGCGUGUCUGUCAUGGUCACGGAGGUCAUGGAAGUCACAGUGUCUUUUGCAGUGGCCUGUGUUGCUGGCUCAGGGGCUGCCCUUGGCCAGCAGCAGUUUGGGUGUGGGAGAGGGCUCAGGGCUGGGUCAGGGGGUUGGGUUGCGGCACUUAUCUCGGGUGGGGGGACUCCCCAAAAGCAGCCAGGGUGUUCCUCCAGCUCCUAGGCAGAGGGGCCAGGGGGCUCUGCACGCCGCCCCUGCUUGCAGGCACCACCUCUGCAGCUCCCACUGGCUGCAGUUCCCGGCCAAUGGGAGCUGCAGAGCCAGAGCUUGUGGCAGGUGCAGCACACGGAGCCCCCUGCCCUUCCUUCCCCCUUGCAGCUGCAGGGACAUGCAGGCUACUUGCGGAGAGCUGCGCGGAGCCAGGUAGGGAGCCUGCCAGCCCUUCCAACCCACGGGGCACCAGCGGGGAUCCCAGGCUGUGCGCUGUCACCCACCCACCCCAGCACCCAUGUGGGUCCCAAGCCACGCCACCAGCACCUCCAGUGCCCCCGGACCGCCCCCCCGCAAAGCACCUGCAGAGCCCCGGCCCAAAUUUUAGUUAGGGUUAUAGUACAGGUCAUGGACAGGUCACGGGCCAUGUAUUUUUAUUUACUAUCCGUGACCUGUCCAUGGCUUUUACUAAAAAUACCCAUGUCCAAAAGCUAGCCGUAUUCAUGGUACGUCAUGGGAGAUGUGUACACUGGCGGCCUAGCCUACAGCAGAAUAACCCUUCUGAAUGGCAACUCCCAUGAGAGACUGGUGCAUCAUAGGAGAUGUAGUCCAACCAGGUAGCUGGGCCUAAAGACACCCGAACUACAACUCCCAUGAGGCACUGUAACAGCUUGUCCAAAUCAAAAUAUUUCACUUUUCAGACUAAAUGUUUCCUAUUUGAACUUUUGCUGAAAGAUUGAAUGUUUUCACAGGGAACUGCCUCUCUCCCCCACCCCCUCAUUUUCCAACUAAUUCUGGGUCAAAUGCUGCCAUGGGUCAUAGCAGAGAACCCAACUGCCCUGCCCAAGAUACAUUCCUAUGGGGGUGGGACAUCUAUGGGGAGGAGAUCCCCCUGCCUUCCUGCUCUCUGUCUUUCAUCCCUCAUCUAGACACCAUCAUUCAUCUCUUUCUCCGUCUCUCUCUCUCCUCCAAGCCUCUCAAUGCCCCCCCCCAGCCCGCUCCCAGACCCCCCACUCCCUGGCUGCUCCUUGUGGGGCAUUAGAGUCAACAUUAAUGGAGAGGGGUGGGGCCAGAGAUGGAAGGGGCGGGGUCAAUGGAAGGUUCUCAGUAUAGGGGCUAUGACCCUGACCAGACAGCAGGGAGCCACUGCCUCUUUCCAUGGUGCUGCGGAUUCCAGGCAGAGAGGAGUGGGAUCCCAGUACAGAAAAGGCCAAGCCCCAGUAGGUUGUUUGCAUAUCCUGGUUAUUUAGUGCCAUGGGGGUUUUACAUUUCCCAUCCCGCCGGUUCUGGCCUCUGCACCUCUACGAUGGUUUUAACAGCGGCAGGGUGUCGGGCCUUUUAAAGAGAAUGAAGUAAACAAACCCGUGAACAGAUGGAUCUGCAACCGUCCCCCAUGAUGAGCGAGAGAUCUUGUUAUUAACCUGAAGCACAAGCACCCACUAACUUCAUUAAGCAUGUGCUCGCUUGCUUCUUGCUUGCAGCAUCAUAACGGUUUGAUUAAAGCAAUUACAGGCAGGAUCCUGAGAAUGGGAUCAGGCAAAAACCCUGGCAGAGUCUUCAAGAGUGGCUUUGAACAGGCACUUGACACAGGAUUUGAGUUAGAAGAUGGUAUUGAUGGCUUUCUUCAGAGCAGGAGUUGAGUGGCAUUGUGUGCCAAGGAGCACUUUUUUAGAGGACUGGGACUUUGUGCAGUUUUAGGUUUCUCGCUAACUAUUUUGGUCAUUUUCAGGUAUUUGCUAUUUUAAUAGAUACCUGUAUUAUCGGAUGAAGCCAUGAUUUAUGGGCAAGCAUGCCAUUAAAAAAAGAAUUUCAGGUCAGAAAUCAGCUCUUUUUAAAAAAAAUUAAACGGUAUCACG